AAUAACAACAACCUUCAUGGACAUGUAUUUUGGUUUCGUGGUUCUUGAGGGGGUCCUGGCGGUGGCCAUUAUCUCCAUCAACCUGCUGGUUUGUGCCACUGUCUACCUGCACAAGGAGCUGAGAUGCAUCACCAACUACCUGAUCGUGUGCCUGGCAGUGGCCGACCUUGGUGUGGGAGCCCUGGCCAUCCCCUUCUCAAUGGUACUCAGCAUGGAGUAUGUCCUCUGUUUCUACACGUGCCUCUUCCUCACUUGCUUCCCACUGGUCACCACCCAGUUCUCUAUCCUCCUCCUGCUGGUCAUUGCCAUCAACGCCCACCUGAAGAUCAAGCUGCCCAACAGGUAAGCCAAAGGCUCUUUCUUCAGCAUCCAGCCUGUGAAACUGAGUGAGUGCAUGUGAGCCAACAACAUCCAUGCACAUGACCAACUUCUUAGGGGUUCUGCAAAUGCUGGUGCAUCAUUUAUGCUAGUGGUUCCCAACCUUUUUUUCCCCAUGGACCAUUUGAAAAUUGCUGAUGGUUCUGGUGGACCACUCAAAUGAUUUUUCUGCCAGUUGUAGCAAUGGCAAUGUAUUGUG